AUGGCAACUUAUUCUGUGAAGCAGGUUUAUGAGAAAAUAGCUGGAACUAAACCUAGAGUUCAUUGGGAUAAAGUAGUGUGGAAUAGAUUGAACAAUCCCAAGCAUAGAUUUAUUGGCUGGCUAGCCAUGCAAUCAAGACUUCAGACCACCUCAAAGCUGGCCAGGAUUGGAGUUAGUCAUUCAGCUCUGUGUUUGAUCUGUGGGCAAGGAGAUGAAACUCACCAUCAUCUGUUUUUUCAACGUGUGUAUAGCUGUGAAUUCAUCAGAGCUGUUAAAUCCUGGCUAGUUAUGGUGGCUGCAGUGUACCUGAUAUGGAAAUGUAGGAAUACUAGUUUCUGGGAAAACUAUGUUCUUACUGUGACUCAUACUCUGAACAAGUUGAAGCAGUUGCCUUGUAUAGCUGGUUCUUGCUGA